CUUUUCUUAUGUCAAACAGUAGUGAUUCUCCGACCACGGGGAAUAAACAAACGUUUAAUGUACCUUCAAUCGCAUUGCCUUCAAAAUCUUCUGAUCAGUCUCUCCAAACAUCUCCAGGCUCAUCUUCUUCCCCAUCGCCGACGCCAAGACCUUCUCUCGUCGCAGAUGGAUCUCCGGCGAGAAUAGCGGCGACUAGAACAUCCGGCCGGCACUCAUUUUUCAGAGGAAUCCGGCUACGGAACGGUAAAUGGGUAUCGGAGAUUCGAGAGCCGCGUAAAACGACGCGAAUAUGGCUCGGGACUUAUCCGGUGCCGGAGAUGGCAGCUGCCGCUUACGACGUGGCGUCGCUAGCUCUGAAAGGCUCAGAGUCAGUUUUGAAUUUUCCCGGUUUGGUUUUGAGUUAUGUGGCUCCGGCUUCGAACUCUGCCAAGGAUAUAAGAGCUGCUGCCGCGAGAGCCGCAGAGAUGAAGCAACCCGGAAAGGAGGAGGAGGAAGAAGAAGCGUUGUAUUCUUCGUUGGAGUUUAUGGACGAGGAAGCGAUGUUGAAUAUGCCGAGUUUGUUUACGGAGAUGGCGGAAGGGAUGCUGAUGAGUCCACCAAGAAUGACGGAUCUAUGGAUGGAUGAUUCGCCGGAGAAUCAUGAAGGAGAUAGUCUCUGGAGUUACAAAUGAUUCCAUCCUACGUUUUCUUUGUCUGGUCAAAUGAGUUUUUCUUUGUUUUGUUUUUGGGUAGACAAAAAAAGACUGAAACCAAAAAUCCGAAUCAAA